CCAGUCUCCUCAGUCCGUACUCAAUCGAAGCGAGUAGCAGCCAUUCCCCCUUCUCCUCCUUCAGUUCAUCUUCUUCCUGAGCAAGAAAAAGAGUUCUUGAAAAUCUACUUUUUCAAGGGCUAAAAGCUUUAAUCUUGCUUGUCGUUUCAGAGUAAUUUCAUUCGGUCAUGGAGUUUGAAUCAAAUUACGAAAUUGCUCCUACCGCCGACUUCAUUCACACUAACAACUUCACCAGGGUUGCUUUACAGUUCCCGGAUGAGCUUCUGAAGGACUCUGUGAGAGUGGUGAGUGCUCUGAGGGCCAAGCUGCGUUCACUAAGAAAACCCAGCGCCGACCUAACCGACGACGUCCCGGAGGUGUCCUUGUUCGUGAUGGCGGACACGGCCUACGGUAGUUGCUGUGUGGACGAGGUGGGAGCGUCGCACGUCGAUGCUGAUUGUGUUGUUCAUUACGGCCACACCUGCCUCAGCCCGACAACGACGCUUCCAGCUUUCUUUGUUUUCGGGAAGGCGCCCAUCAGUGUGCCUGAUUGUGUGAACAAUCUAUCACAUUAUGCUCUCGAAAAUCGGAGGCGUGUUUUGGUCCUUUUUGGGCUGGACUAUGCACAUUCGAUUCAGCAUAUAAAAGAAGAAUUUGUACAAGCAUGUGGGGUUGGGUCCAAACCAGAAGUUCAAUAUGCUAAUGUUAUGUGUUCAGUUAUGAAUCCAUCAAAAGAUCGUAAACUCUCAAAUGAGCUCCCAGGACCAGCUGGCAGCCUCACUGAUGAUACCAGUUUUGGGACAACGUCUAGUGUUACUUAUAGCAUUGGAGGCUUGGUCUGGAAAUUACCUGAGGGACGCAAGAUGGAGGAUUAUUUACUUUUCUGGAUUGGUUCAAAUAACUCUGCCUUUGCAAAUAUUGUUUUAACAUAUAAUGGAUGUGAAAUAGUCAGAUAUGAUGCCUCGGAAUGCAGUAUGGUGACUGACUUAUCUCAACAAAGAAGGAUUCUUAAGCGCAGAUAUUACCUAAUGGAGAAAGCAAAGGAUGCUAACAUCGUGGGGAUCUUAGUAGGAACCCUUGGUGUAGCUGGUUACCUGAGCAUGAUUCAUCAGAUGAAAGAGCUGAUUACAGGAGCAGGAAAAAAAGUUUAUACCCUAGUUAUGGGGAGACCAAACCCUGCAAAACUUGCAAACUUUCCAGAGUGUGAUGUUUUCAUUUAUGUCUCUUGCGCUCAAACUGCUCUUCUGGAUAGCAAAGAAUAUUUAGCUCCAGUAAUUACUCCUUUUGAAGCCAUGAUAGCCUUCAACAGAGGAUGUGAGUGGACUGGAGCAUAUGUAAUGGAAUUCCGCGAUUUGGUUAGUUCUUCUCCAGUGGAUAUAAGGAUCCAGUCUGAGGAAGCACGAUUUUCCUUCAUACAAGGUGGUUAUGUAGAAGAUUUCCAUCUGCAAGGUAAUGGCACUGAGGAAGACAAGGAAGGAGCUCUUGCUUUAGCAAAUGCGACAGAGAAGGCUCUGCAAUUGCGCGACAACCCUAGUUCUGUAGUGAAAGGAACGGCUAAAUCGGGUGCAGAGUUUUUAGCGACUCGAUCAUAUCAGGGUCUAGAUAUACAUUACGAGACUUCCUUUCCCGAACCAUAUUUUAUUGGGAGGAGUGGGAGGGCAGCAGGUUAUAAAGAUGAGAAGAACGGGGAAGAGAAAUUGUGAUCAAUAUUACGAACAUGGAAAGAGAUUAAAAGUGGAUACGAAGAAGGCGGCAGUCCAGACCGGCAAGGGCAAAGAGCACACUCUCUAUGUCUGUCUCCCUUGCAGCUGUGAAGCCUAGACCAAGCUAGUCCUUUUGCCACAUGUAUUUUUGGAAUUUUGUAUUGUUUUCAGUUUGAGGUCGUAUGUAAUUUUAUCAAAUUAGUUUUUAUUUUGUGUCGAAGAAUUUAUUUAAUGAAACAUUGAGAUGCAGUGAGCAA